AGUUAUCUACUCAGGCCUUUUACAGGACACUCUUAGGCAAAAGUGUAUAAGAAAUGUGAACACAAAGAUUGGGUCCUUGGGAGAAAUCUAUUUAUAAGGAACCUUUGAUAAAAUCUGAGCCCUGGUGUCACAGUAGUUAAGAGCUAUGGCUGCUGACCAGUUGGAAUCCAUCAGCCACUCCUUGAAAACCCUAUGUGGCAGUUCCACUCUGUCCUAUAGGGUAGCUAUGAGUCAGAAUCCACUGCCAGUAAAAGGCUUUGAUAAAAUCAAGAUUUGUGCCCAGGCUGCUCUUGAUCUUGGGGACUCAACAAUUUUUAAAACUUUUUAUCCAAGUGUAACAUAAAAAGUGCACAAAUAGUAGUAAAUUUUCACAAUCUCCAGUAGGAAGUUUGUGUAGGUGUGCGUACAUUAAGCUGUUAACUGCACAAAAACCUUUGAGACCAGGUGAGGCGCCUCUCCAAUGUUCCUCGGCCAACGCCUGCGCGGUGGGAGCCAGCCGCUUCGGGAGGAAGUCGGAAGGCAGGAAGUCCCGCCCCUUUCCCGUCUUUAUCUUCUCCUCGGCUGUCUCCCGUCGGUCUGUUUACCCUAGCCACGGGUCUGCUGCGCUUUCUCCUUUGUUCGCUCUCAGCUUUCUGCGGCGGCUGCGCCUGCACGACCCCGGCUUGUCCCACGCGUAGGUUCGCGCUGCACUUGCCGCCCGGCCUCCGGCUCGCGGCACCAGUGCCUCUCCUCUCCCGUCCGGUCUGCAGCGCGCGGCGCGAGCAUCAUGCUCUUCUAUUCCUUUUUCAAGUCCCUUGUUGGAAAGGAUGUGGUCGUGGAACUAAAAAAUGACCUGAGCAUCUGUGGAACACUCCAUUCUGUGGAUCAGUAUCUCAACAUCAAACUAACUGAUAUCAGCGUCACAGACCCUGAGAAAUACCCUCACAUGUUGUCAGUGAAGAACUGCUUCAUCCGGGGCUCAGUGGUCCGCUAUGUGCAGUUGCCAGCAGAUGAGGUUGACACACAGUUGCUCCAGGAUGCAGCAAGGAAGGAGGCCCUGCAGCAGAAACAGUGAUGGUUCCUUCUCUGCUUCGCCGCCCUUUUCCACUGGUGACCCAUAACCUAAUAUCCCAGCCCAGGGCCCCUCUCACCCAUGGAGUUGUUUUUUUUUGGCUGGUUGAGUUUUAAUAGUGAGGCUUUUUUUUUUUUUUAACGAUGAGCAGAUGAGAGGGAUAAUAGUGGGGAGCAGGUUUCCUCUGUUGAGAAGGGGAGGAUAAGUAGUGUGCGUAACUGCAAAGCCUUCCCAGUCCCCAGCACCUGCCUUUCUCACUCCUUCCCUGGAAAUUGUAGGAGAGCCUCUUAGAUCUCUCUAGGGCAGGGUGUGAUUCUCUUUGGGGCUGGAAGGAAUCUGUCCCGCAUCGGGAAUAAAAUUCAUGAUGCAAAUUUGAGUUGUGGUUUUGUGGUAUGUCUUUUUGGGCAGGGACUUGGGGCAGGGGGCAGGAAGGUGAUGCUGGAUUCAUUCAAGCCCUGUUACUCUCCACUCCCAUAGCCAAGAGCCCAGCCCAACUACAUAGCAUUAUCUGUCACUACUCCCCUUUGUAUAAACCGUGUAAUAACCUGGACUAUUUUUUUUUUUUUUAUACACCAUGUUUUCCUGAAUAUGCCCCUACUUAUUUUCUCUCCCUGGUCUUUUGCUUAUACUGUACCUAUAACUGGAGUGUUUUGCCACUGUGGUGUCAUAACCAGUCCAGGGAGGCUGAGAUUAUCCACCUCUGAUGUCAAAUGUGUGGUGGAUAACAAAUCCCACUCUACAUGCAGCUUCGUCCUGUGGGAAUCUCAGCCCCCUUCCCUGGUCAGUUCAGACUCCAGCUGUUCCAUGCAGCUCUUUGUCUCUCGUCCCGGUCACUGGGGCUAGGUCAGCAAGUACAGGCCCCUUCUGUUUCCUAGGUGCUUUAAUUGUUGAAACGACUCAAAAACUGCAGGGAACGGGCUAUCUUUAGCAGAAAAAAGGAUACAAACACCAAGGGCGAGGUCCAGGAGGUCCCAGGAAGCUCCAGUGAACAUCUUAAAAGGCCUUUUAUUGACCUCACCACAUGGCCAUGAUAGAGUACAUCCUUUUUCCAGAGGUUCCCUCUGUCUGGUCAGCCCCCCCUCAUUGGCCUCAUUGGCCAGGCUCUCAGGAACCAGGGCGAAAGGCCAAAUUGUUUACUGCAAGGGGGUUCCACACUUCCCAGGUGCCCUUAACACUUCUGUGCUCUCUCAUUUAUGUGGCAGUUAAUACUAUGAGACAUCAAAAUCCAUGAUAGGUUUUGAGUUUCUUUCUCAAUCUAGCGAAAUCGGUAGUCUUUCUGAAUAUCUGUUAAGAAGGUAAAUAAACACAGGACAUAACUUGUAUUGCAUAGAGUUAUGACAGGGAAUUACUAAACUCGAUUCAUUCAGCAAAUGAGUUCCCGCCACAGGCGAAAAUUCAG